GUUAUAGCACAUGCGCAUUGAGUCUUAAACUUAGUUGAUAUGGAAAGAUGAUACGACUUUGACAGAAUUUAGCUUGAUAACGUGCUACUUAGCUAGCUACCUUUAGAUUUACACAUAUUGGGUCAGUUUAAAAGCAGCUUUAAUCGUCAAAACACAACCUGUAAUUUAACCCUCCCAUAAAGUAUACCCAGGGAGGCUGAUAUUCAUCCCUCAAGUUCCCAGGGAUCCCUUAGCCUGCCCUGAUGAAGGCCGAGCAAGACGGAGACCUCCUCGAAGAAGACUCCCCUCAGGAGGAUGGAGUCCAGACUAACCAGUACAGCUCCAUCUCUCCUCCGGCCUCACCAGUGGCCCAGGAUGAACCCUUCUCCACAUAUUUUGAAGACAAGGUGGCCAUUCCGGAGAAUGUCAGCCAGGUGUUCAGUUUCCGUAAACUCUGGGCCUUCACCGGACCGGGGUUUCUGAUGAGCAUUGCUUACUUGGAUCCAGGGAACAUUGAGUCUGACCUGCAGUCUGGAGCUACAGCUGGCUUUAAGCUCCUAUGGGUGCUCCUUGGAGCCACUAUCAUUGGGCUGCUGUUGCAGAGGUUAGCUGCACGCCUCGGGGUCGUCACUGGGAUGCACCUGGCUGAAGUCUGCAACCGCCAAUAUCCCACAGUUCCUCGGAUCAUCCUGUGGCUGAUGGUGGAGCUGGCAAUUAUUGGCUCAGACAUGCAGGAGGUCAUUGGCUGUGCCAUAGCUUUCAACCUUCUCUCUGUGGGCAGGAUUCCGCUGUGGGUAGGAGUCCUCAUCACCAUCACAGACACAUUUGUGUUCCUCUUUCUAGACAAAUACGGCCUGAGGAAACUUGAAGCUUUCUUUGGCUUCCUCAUCACCGUAAUGGCUCUGAGCUUUGGUUACGAGUACGUGCUGGUAAGUCCAGACCAAGGGGAGCUGCUGAAGGGGAUGUUCCUGCCGUACUGUGCCGGCUGUGGGCCUCCGCAGUUGGAGCAGGCAGUGGGAAUCGUAGGCGCCGUCAUCAUGCCCCACAACAUCUACCUGCACUCAGCGCUGGUCAAGUCUCGGGACAUCGAUCGCAAAAAUAAGAAAGAAUUAAAGGAAGCCAACAAGUACUACUUCAUCGAGUCAACUGUUGCUCUCUUCGUCUCCUUCCUCAUCAACGUCUUUGUCGUAGCAGUCUUUGCUCAGGCCUUCUACGGGAAAACCAAUAUUGAAAUGAAUAAGGAGUGCAAUGCAACCGGCAGCCCUCACUCAGGUCUCUUCCCUCUCAACAACGGCACACUGGAGGUGGACAUCUACAAAGGGGGAGUGGUCCUGGGCUGUGUCUUUGGGCCUGCAGCCCUCUACAUCUGGGCGAUAGGGAUCCUGGCAGCUGGACAGAGUUCCACCAUGACAGGCACUUACUCUGGGCAGUUUGUCAUGGAGGGUUUCCUGAACCUACGAUGGUCCCGUUUUGCUCGGGUGUUGCUGACCCGCUCCGUCGCCAUCAUACCUACACUGCUGGUAGCCAUUUUUCAGGAUGUUGAGCAUCUGACAGGGAUGAACGACUUCCUCAACGUGCUUCAAAGCAUGCAGCUACCGUUUGCAUUGAUCCCAAUUCUGACAUUUACCAGUAUGACAUCCAUAAUGAACGACUUUGCAAACGGAAUGGUGUGGAAGAUUUCCGGAGGCAUCGUCAUCCUCUUGGUUUGUGCAAUCAACAUGUACUUCGUGGUGGUUUACGUGACGGCGCUGAACAGUGUGCUGUUCUAUGUUUUUGCUGCUCUGCUCUCCAUAGCCUAUCUGUGCUUUGUAGUCUACCUGGCAUGGCACUGUUUGGUUGCAUUGGGGGUUUCCUGCCUGGACUUUGGCAGCAGGGUAAGCAAUCGACCUGCUGUGUUGAUAGAGGAGCAGUCUGAGUACGACUCCUAGAGCCGAACAGGACAGUAACCACCAGCAUUCCUCCUUCCUCUUGGAGACACUGAGCCCUGUACACAACCAAGACUUUUUUAGAUCAUGUAGGAUCUUGAAAGCACAUUUUCUGCUAAUGUCACAUGUUUAUUUUGUGUCGGGCUGGGUAUCAGAAUUUGGUGCUAUUUAGGUACCCAAUGAAUCAAAUUGAUAGUAAACCAGCACAGAAAAUUCAAGGCCAGUGUCUGAUGAUUACGAAGACUUUUAAGGAAAUGUAUAAACAUCAUUUCGCAAAUCAAUUCAUGUUACAAUCAUCAAAGGCAAUAUCUAUGUAUAUUCACCUCUUCUUGUAAAGCAGCAUACUGUGACAUGAGUGGUUUAUACAACAUGUAACUAUAUUGAUUAAUAACCCAAUGAUCUGUAUCUUUAAACCAGAUUUUCCAUUUUUAUAAAAUGCUAUCUACACUAAGAAAUAGCAGCGCUGCUUGUAUUUUCACCACAUCUUUGUGAAAGACAUUCCCGACAGAUUUCACACACUCUGGUCGUCAUUAGGAGAACGAUAUCAGGAUAUCAGUUAAAAGUUAGAUUUUACAUAGAAGUUCUAAUGUUUUUAGACUUGAGACCACAAGUUGGGUUUAACUUGACAUGUUCCUGCCUGUGGGAGAAGCAGAGCAUGUCAGAGGAAACGCAUAAUAUAGCUACAAAAAAAUCCAGUUUUAUUCAGCAUCAAAUAACCUUGAAAAGGCCCAUUUGAUUUGCGACAAUUCAAAUAAUAAUCAAACUAUCAGUAUGUUUAAUAAAACAAAAAAAAAGUUUGACCACAUAAAUACAACAUAACGUGCAUUGCAUGAAAGAUCCAACGUUUGCAGUACAACAAUAAUGGCUGCUGUGUUUCUGCUGUGGAAGUUAGACUGAAGCCGUUUCUUUCAUAUUUUACCAUUGUUUCCAUUAAGUAAGAACUGACCUAACUAUCUACCUAAAGUAGUGGUCUUUUUAAUUUUUUUCUUCCUGGUUAUUUCCCUUGUUCCCUAAGACAUGUACUAAUGCUAGCUGUACCAUGCUCUCUGUCAGCCCUCUUACCUCCCAGUGUCCUGGUGGAAGGAGCCGAUGCUCAUUAAUUAUCAGUCUACCUCAACAUCCUCAUCUCAUUUAGGUGUACCGUCUCUGUAGCAGUUUGAUUCACUGGAUUUUUGCAUCUAACACUUCAGUAGCAAUUCAUAUUUUUAAAAGAAUAUAACUGUCUGUUACGUUAAACCUACCAAAAUCACCAAACGAUAUCCAGCCCCUUAUUGUGUGAAAAAUAACUUUUUGGUACGUGGUUUUGACAUUGUGAGCUGAUCCCUGUCUAACAUGUCGAAGAAGCUAAAGUGGCAAGUUUUGGUAUCAUGCAUAAAUUAUGCAUGUACUUCAUUUGUCGCAUCCCAGUUGUCUCUUUGUUCUACACAAGUACAGAGUGGGCAUCUGGUCAAUACAACCAAGUCUGUGAAUGAGGGAUUUUUUUCCAUGUCUGUUAGAGUUCACUCGGUCAUUGCUGCCUGAUGAAAACUAUUAUGUUAAUGUGAUCAAGACUGAACAGGUCCAUAAAAUUAGUUGACAGUUAACAGACUUCAUUCAAACUAGUAACACUUUAUAUGACUGCAGCCUUGUCCUCUUUUAGUGCCUAAAUAAUCAGGAUGCCAGUGACUCUGCUUAAUCAACACACUGAAGUGAGCUUAUCAGUGAAUUACUGUAAAAUUUACUGUGAAGGAAGAUAAGUUUGUAGCACUGUGCAGUUAAUGCAGAUGUUGUUUCAUCCCUUCUUGACUUGAGAGAUUAGGUGUUGGAUAAAGUAUAUUUGUUCUUUUGCUUUUCUUAAGUGAAACCAUGAUAACCCUCUACUCCACAUUUUAUUUAGUAUUGUUUGUCUGUGGGUAAAAGCUUCAUAGAAAUGUAUUGUGAUAUGUCCUAUUGCGAUACAUAUGGUUAUAAUUUGAAAACUUUGUGACUUAUUUAUACUGCUAUGCAGAGAAGGAAAGGAAUUUAUGUGAUGUGGUAGCUUCAAAAUAAUGCUGUAGUCAUAAUUGUUAUUUUCAUGACAAAGCUGUGUUUAAAGGAGAACUGAAAACAAAAGUCAAAACAAGUAAAGAGGAAGUCAAAAUCACAAGUUUGUCUCGGAGAGAUUUACAGUCUGUAAUCUAUCGUUAAACCCUCGAAAGCAGUGAUUCUGUGAAUUAUAUUUAAAAAA